UUGGUGCCCACCGGCCAUCCCCUUCCUCACCCCUCUUGAAGCCAGGGCCAUCCUCUCCUUCCAGUAACUGAAGGUUUCCCGGAGGUUUUCAGGGUCAACACUGCUAGCAGAUGUCCCUAGGUGCGGGGCCCCGGGAUGAGUCAAUCUGAUCCAUCCGGUCCUCAGACCCGGCGCGGUUGCAAAGGCCGAGUCGGGUGAAGCGCGGAACCAGUACCGGUGGACAGCGCAGAGGGCUCACAACCCAGAUUUAGAAAUAAGAUUUGCAAAGGAAGGUAGAGUAGGCGGGAUUCAGCAGAGAACUGUGUCUGCAAGCACAUCGCACAGUCUAAACCCAUCGCUUGGAGUGCCCACCCGGCUCCAAGAAGCUGUGCUUGGGGACUCCCAUCCGGACCUGGGAAGUUUGGAAAAGGCAACUUGAGCUUCCAGACUCCGAGUUCCUCUGGCUCUGAACACAGGGAAGUCAUGAAAACAGGGUCCCUCCCCCUCUCACUCCCAGCGGGGCUUCCCGGUUCUGACAAGCAUUCUCCCUCCUGUUGUAGACAGCCUGUAGGAACUCAUCACAGAGCUACCCCCCCCCCAAGCUUCUCCAUCUGCUUUGGGCUCGAAGCCUGCUGAUUCAGCACCCCUCACUCCCCAAUACAUUCUUGGCUCCAGGCUCUGUUGUUCAACCACUAUCCAUCCACACACCGCCAUUCUUGAUUGCAUUCAGUAGUUCCUGAGCAGGGGCGUGCAGUGAGGGUGUGAACACAGCAUAGGGUGGACGGUGGCCUGCUUCUCAGACCAAGUGGGUCUCCGUGGGAGGAGCCACACAGCCAGCCUAGUUAUCCAAUUAGCGGGUGAGCCUGGCAGAAGCCAAGGCGUGCCCAAAGGACAGGUGGUGCAGCCUUUUGGAAAUCUCCAGCCCCACCCCUUAUUCAAACUGCUCUGGACACUCUGGACAGCAGUGCACACAGGACUGCAUCAAACAGUCGGCAUUGACACGUGCUGAUCCUCAAAUACAAAUACGCUCGUAUACAUUCAGCAGCCGGGGGUAGCCUUCGAGGACACUGAUGCACCGUGCACCUGCUAAGUCUCAUUCAUGAACAGACAGUAACUUCGUCCUGGGCAACGCCCAGGUGGCAGGGCUCUUCCCUGUGGUCUACUGCUCCGAUGGCUUCUGUGACCUCACGGGUUUCUCCAGAGCUGAGGUCAUGCAGCGAGGCUGUGCCUGCUCCUUCCUCUAUGGGCCAGACACCAGUGAGUUGGUCCGCCAACAGAUCCGAAAAGCCCUGGAUGAGCACAAAGAAUUCAAGGCUGAACUGAUCCUGUACCGGAAGAGCGGGCUUCCAUUCUGGUGUCUCCUGGAUGUGAUACCUAUAAAAAACGAGAAGGGGGAGGUGGCCCUCUUCCUGGUCUCUCACAAGGACAUCAGUGAGACCAAGAACCGAGGAGGCCCUGACAACUGGAAGGAGAGAGGUGGUGGCCGACGCAGAUAUGGUCGGGCAGGAUCCAAAGGCUUUAAUGCCAAUCGGAGGCGCAGCCGGGCGGUUCUCUACCACCUCUCUGGUCACCUGCAGAAACAACCCAAGGGCAAGCACAAACUCAAUAAGGGCGUGUUUGGAGAGAAGCCAAAUUUGCCCGAAUAUAAAGUCGCUGCUAUCCGGAAGUCACCCUUUAUCCUGCUGCACUGUGGGGCUCUGAGAGCCACCUGGGAUGGCUUCAUCCUGCUCGCCACGCUCUACGUGGCUGUCACUGUGCCAUACAGCGUGUGUGUGAGCACAGCACGGGAGCCCAGUGCUGCCCGUGGCCCACCUAGUGUCUGUGACCUGGCCGUGGAAGUCCUCUUCAUCUUAGAUAUUGUGCUGAAUUUUCGUACUACAUUUGUGUCCAAGUCAGGCCAGGUGGUAUUCGCCCCAAAGUCCAUUUGCCUCCACUACGUCACCACCUGGUUCCUGCUGGAUGUCAUAGCAGCACUGCCCUUUGACCUACUACAUGCCUUCAAGGUCAACGUGUACGUUGGGGCUCACCUACUGAAGACCGUGCGGCUGCUUCGGCUGCUGCGCCUACUGCCAAGACUGGACCGGUACUCUCAGUAUAGCGCGGUUGUGCUCACCUUGCUCAUGGCUGUGUUUGCCCUGCUCGCCCACUGGGUGGCCUGCGUUUGGUUCUACAUCGGCCAGCAAGAGAUUGAGAACAGCGAGUCAGAGCUGCCUGAGAUCGGCUGGCUGCAGGAGCUGGCACGCAGGCUGGAGACGCCCUAUUACCUGGUGAGCCGGAGUCCAGAUGGAGGGAACAGCUCUGGCCAGAGUGAAAACUGCAGCAGCAGUGGCGGCGGCAGCGAAGCCAACGGGACUGGGCUGGAGCUGCUGGGUGGCCCAUCCCUACGCAGCGCCUACAUCACCUCCUUGUACUUCGCGCUCAGCAGUCUCACCAGUGUGGGCUUCGGCAAUGUGUCUGCUAACACAGACACCGAGAAGAUCUUCUCCAUCUGCACUAUGCUUAUUGGAGCUCUGAUGCAUGCAGUGGUGUUUGGGAAUGUGACAGCCAUCAUCCAGCGCAUGUACGCUCGCCGCUUUCUGUACCACAGCCGCACCCGUGACCUGCGAGACUACAUUCGCAUCCACCGCAUCCCCAAGCCCCUCAAGCAGCGCAUGCUCGAGUACUUCCAAGCCACCUGGGCCGUGAACAACGGCAUCGAUACCACUGAGCUGCUGCAGAGCCUCCCGGAUGAGCUUCGAGCAGACAUCGCCAUGCACCUGCACAAGGAGGUCCUGCAGCUGCCGUUGUUCGAGGCAGCGAGCCGUGGCUGCCUGCGGGCACUGUCUCUGGCCCUGAGGCCCGCCUUCUGCACGCCGGGCGAGUACCUCAUUCACCAAGGCGAUGCUCUCCAGGCUCUCUACUUCGUGUGCUCAGGUUCCAUGGAGGUCCUCAAAGGUGGCACCGUCCUCGCCAUUCUAGGGAAGGGCGACCUGAUCGGCUGUGAGCUGCCCCAGCGAGAGCAAGUAGUGAAGGCCAAUGCCGACGUAAAGGGGCUGACAUACUGCGUCCUACAGUGCCUGCAGCUGGCUGGGCUGCACGAGAGCCUCGCACUGUACCCCGAGUUUGCCCCACGCUUUAGCCGUGGCCUCCGAGGGGAGCUCAGCUACAACCUGGGAGCUGGAGGAGUCUCUGCAGAGGUGGAUACCAGCUCACUGAGUGGUGACAACACCCUCAUGUCCACACUGGAGGAGAAGGAGACAGACGGGGAGCAAGGACACACGGUCUCACCAGCCCCAGCAGAUGAGCCCUCCAGCCCCCUGCUGUCACCUGGCUGUACCUCCUCCUCCUCAGCGGCCAAACUACUCUCCCCACGUCGAACUGCACCCCGGCCGAAGCUGGGUGGCAGAGGGCGGCCAAGUAGGGCAGGGGUUUUGAAGCCUGAGGCUGGUCCUUCUGCUCAUCCACGGACACUUGAUGGGCUGCAGCUGCCCCCCAUGCCAUGGAAUGUACCUCCAGACCUGAGCCCCAGGGUCGUAGAUGGCAUUGAGGAUGGCUGCGGCUCUGACCAGCACAAGUUCUCUUUCCGGGUGGGUCAGUCUGGCCCAGAAUGUAGCAGCAGCCCCUCCCCAGGAACAGAGAGUGGCCUGCUCACUGUCCCCUUGGUGCCCAGUGAGGCGAGAAACACAGACACACUGGACAAGCUACGGCAGGCGGUGAUGGAGCUGUCUGAACAGGUGCUGCAGAUGCGAGAGGGACUGCAGUCACUUCGCCAGGCUGUGCAGCUCAUCCUGGUGCCCCAAGGGGAAGGCCAGUGUCCCCGGGUAUCAGGAGAAGGGCCAUGCCCAGCCACUGCCUCUGGGCUCCUACAACCCCUGCGUGUGGACACUGGGGCAUCAUCCUACUGCCUGCAGCCCCCAGCAGGUUCAGUCUUGAGUGGGACCUGGCCUCACCCCCGUCCAGGGCAUCCCCCUCCCCUCAUGGCACCCUGGCCCUGGGGCCCCCCAGCAUCUCAGAGCUCCCCCUGGCCUCGAGCCACAGCUUUAUGGACCUCCACCUCAGACUCAGAGCCCCCUGGCUCUGGAGACCUCUGCUCUGAGCCCAGCACCCCAGCCUCACCCCCUCCUCCUGAGGAAGGGGCUAGGACUGGGACUCCCGCACCUGUGAGCCAGGCUGAGGCUACCAGUACUGGAGAGCCCCCUCCGGGGUCAGGGGGCCGAGCCUUGCCCUGGGAUCCCCACAGCCUAGAGAUGGUGCUCAUCGGCUGCCACGGCCCUGGCACGGUCCAGUGGACCCAGGAGGAGGGCACAGGAGUCUGACCACAGGCCGGAGAGGGGUUCUGCAAACACCCGCCACCUGCUGACCGCCCAGCCUCACAGGGCUGCCCUCCGGCUCAGGGCAGGGAACCUGAGGAAGGAGGAGGGUGAGCUGGAGCCUCAGGCCCAGGCCAGGGAUCCACGGUUCUGCUCCACUGACCUGACCCAAUGGGGGCAGAGGCCUGAGGACGAGGAGGGGUUCUGCCAUUCCUUGCAUGUGCCCGUCUCCACUGUCCUCUGUCCUCAUGUUUUUUAUAUUAAAAAACAUAAAAAAAAAAAAACCAAUAAAGAAACUACUUUGGAA